CGCUCACGCUGUCUGACGCACGCAGGUACUCACUGCUGGCUAGCCACUGCUCGCUUAUAGAUCAUGGCUGCUUCAAAGCCGGUAGAGCCGCAGUCCGGGACUGGACUCCCCCGCUGGCAGCUGGCACUGUUAGUCGGGACUCCCAUAGUGCUGGGGGUCGGGGCGGUUUAUCUAUGGAACCGCAGCCGGACGAAGGAAAGGCGAGGGAAAGAUACCGGAGAGCGAAAAACACCGGAAGGCAGCGCCAGUCCAGUACAGGGCCAAGACGGCGCAGCCCGGGCCAGCCGUGAGCAGGAAGAAAUGAGCCCACUGGACCGGGCCCAAGCAGCAAAGAACAAGGGCAACAAGUACUUCAAAGCUGGGAAGUAUGAGAACGCCAUCCAGUGCUACACAGAGGCCAUCGCUCUCUGCCCCACAGAGCAAAAGUCUGAUUUGUCAACGUUUUACCAGAACAGAGCAGCAGCCUUCGAACAGCAGAUGAAGUGGACAGAAGUGGUGCAGGACUGCUCUCAUGCUGUGGAGCUUAACCCACGCUACGUGAAGGCUCUCUUCAGGAGGGCUAAAGCUCUGGAAAAACUCGACAACAGGAAGGAGUGCCUGGAAGAUGUCACAGCGGUGUGUAUUCUCGAGGCUUUCCAGAACCAACAGAGCAUGCUGCUAGCAGACAAGGUGCUGAAACAGCUGGGAAAAGAGAAGGCCAAAGAUAAAUACAAGAAUCGUGAGCCCAUGAUGCCUUCUCCUCAGUUCAUCAAGUCUUACUUUAGUUCAUUCACUGAUGACAUCAUCUCACAGGCCCUGCAGAAGGGCGAGAAGAAAGAUGAAGACAAGGACAAUGAGGGCGAGGCGGCAGAGGUCACUGAGAGCUCUGGCUACCUGAAAGCAAAGCAGUACAUGGAGGAGGAGAACUACGACAAAAUCAUCAGCGAAUGCACCAAGGAGAUCGAGUCAGGCGGUCGCUACACUGCCGAGGCCCUGCUGCUGCGUGCCACGUUCUACCUGCUGAUUGGCAACGCUACUGCCGCUCAACCUGAUCUGGACCGAGUAAUCAACAUGCACGAUGCCAACGUGAAGUUACGAGCCAAUGCUUUGAUCAAACGCGGAAGCAUGUACAUGCAGCAGCAGCAGCCUAUGCUCUCGACACAAGACUUCAACAUGGCAGCCGACAUCGACACACGCAACCCUGACGUGUAUCACCACAGGGGUCAGCUGAAGAUUCUGCUGGACCAGGUGGACGAGGCCGUGGGAGACUUCGACGAGUGCAUCCUGCUCAGGCCUGACUCGGCUCUAGCCCAGGCGCAGAAAUGCUUCGCUCUCUACAGACAAGCGUACACUGGAAACAACCCGUCACAAGUACAGACCGCCAUGGACGGCUUCGAGGACGUUAUCAGAAGGUUCCCAAAGUGUGCUGAGGGCUACGCUCUCUAUGCUCAGGCUUUGACUGAUCAGCAGCAGUUUGGAAAAGCAGACGAGAUGUACGACAAGUGUAUUGAACUGGAACCAGACAACGCUACCACAUAUGUCCACAAGGGUUUGUUACAGCUUCAGUGGAAACAGGAUCUCGAUUUAGGUCUAGAGCUCAUCAGUAAGGCAAUCGAGAUCGACAACAAAUGUGACUUCGCUUAUGAAACUAUGGGAACCAUCGAGGUUCAAAGGGGCAAUCUGGACAAGGCGAUAGAGAUGUUUAACAAGGCGAUUAACCUUGCCAAGUCAGAGAUGGAGAUGGCCCAUUUGUACUCGUUAUGUGACGCCGCAUACGCCCAGACAGAAGUGGCGAGGAAGUACGGGCUGAAACCUCCGACGCUGUAA